AGCCAUGGGACUCCUGUCCCAGGGCUCGCCGCUUAGCUGGGAAGAGACCAAGCGCCACGCGGACCAUGUGCGGCGGCACGGGAUCCUCCAGUUUCUGCAUAUCUACCACGCCGUCAAGGAGCGGCACAAAGACGUGCUCAAGUGGGGCGAUGAGGUGGAAUACAUGUUGGUAGCUUUUGAUCACCAAAAUAAAAAAGUACGUGUGGUCCUGAAAGGAGAGGAAAUCCUUGAAGCAUUGCAAGAAAAAGGAGAAAGAAAAAACCCAAACCAUCCAACACUUUGGAGACCAGAAUAUGGGAGCUAUAUGAUUGAAGGGACACCAGGACAGCCAUAUGGAGGAACAAUGUCAGAAUUUAACACAGUUGAAGACAACAUGAGGAAACGUAGGCAGGAGGCUUCAUCUCUUUUAAAAGAAAAUGAGGCUUUAUGCACGAUCACGUCGUUUCCCAGAUUAGGCUGCCCUGGGUUUACGAUACCCGACUACAAACCUACACCAGUUGAAGGAGGUGCUUCAAAAUCCCUGUUCUUUCCAGAUGAGGCAAUAAACAAACAUCCCAGAUUCAGUACUUUAACAAGGAAUAUCCGACAUAGGAGAGGAGAAAAAGUUGUUAUCAAUGUACCAAUCUUUAAGGACAAGAAUACUCCAUUUCCAUUUAUAGAAACAUUUCCUCAGGAUGAUGAAGCCACACAAGCAGCUCAACCAAAUCAUAUUUAUAUGGAUGCUAUGGGAUUUGGGAUGGGCAAUUGCUGCCUUCAGGUGACAUUCCAGGCUUGCAGUAUAUCUGAAGCCAGAUACCUUUAUGAUCAGCUUGCUACUAUUUGUCCAAUUGUGAUGGCUUUGAGUGCUUCAUCUCCUUUCUACCGAGGCUAUGUGUCAGAUAUUGAUUGUCGCUGGGGAGUAAUAUCUGCAUCUGUAGAUGAUAGAACUCGGGAGGAGAGAGGAUUGGAGCCUUUGAAGAACAACAGCUAUAGAAUUAGCAAAUCUCGAUAUGAUUCGAUAGACAGUUAUCUCUCUAAAUGUGGUGAAAAAUACAAUGAUAUUGAUUUGACAAAAGAUAAAGAAAUCUAUGAACGCCUAUUAAAGGAAGGUAUUGACCAUCUCCUGGCCCAACAUAUUGCCCAUCUCUUUAUUAGAGACCCACUGACAUUGUUUGAGGAAAAGAUACACCUAGAUGAUGCUAAUGAAUCUGACCACUUUGAGAAUAUUCAGUCUACAAAUUGGCAGACCAUGAGAUUUAAACCCCCUCCUCCAAAUUCGGACAUUGGAUGGAGAGUAGAAUUCCGGCCUAUGGAGGUUCAAUUAACAGACUUUGAGAACUCUGCCUAUGUGGUGUUUGUUGUCCUGUUAACCAGAGUAAUCCUUUCAUACAAGUUGGAUUUUCUUAUUCCUCUGUCAAAGGUUGAUGAAAACAUGAAAGUGGCUCAGAAACGAGAUGCUGUCUUACAUGGGCUAUUUUAUUUCAGGAAAGAUAUUUGCAAAGGUUCAAAACCUCUUUCCAGUGGCACUGCUGUGGUAGAUGGCUGUAGUACAGCCCAGAAUGGUACAGAGACAGACACUGAAGAAUUCACAUUGAUGAGCAUAGAUACAAUCAUCAAUGGGAAGGAAGGUGUUUUUCCUGGCUUGAUACCAAUUCUAAACUCUUACUUGGAAAAUAUGGAAGUAGAUGUAGACACAAGAUGCAGCAUACUAAAUUACUUAAAGCUAAUUAAGAAGAGAGCAUCAGGAGAACUGAUGACAGCUGCCCGAUGGAUGAGGGAGUUUGUUGCAAAGCAUCCUGACUACAAGCAAGACAGUGUCAUCACUGAUGAAAUCAAUUAUAGCCUUCUUUUGGAAUGUAACAAGAUUGCAAAUGAAUUAAGUGAAUGCCCAGAAUUGCUCGGCUCAGGAUUUAAAAAAGCAAAAUACAGUGGAACUAAAACUGGCUCUUCCAGUUAGGUAUUUUGCUGCUUGUUCUCCCCCUUCUCCCUUAAAAAAAAAAAAAAAGUAGAAUAUCAGAGUUAUAUUAUUUGAGAAUUAGCUGCAAGCCCGUGACACUUAGCCCAUUGGCAGGUGUGAAGACCAAAAUAAUGGUCCUGAGCUCUCAGAUGGGCCAGUGACCUUGAAAUUCACUUAGAGGCUUCAGAAAUGGAUUUAGAGUUUAUAUAGUAUACAUGUACAUAGUGAAAUAUUUUUAUGAUCAACAAUGUAUUUUAAUAACAUUAUAUCUAAAGUCUUUGUGAACAGGCUUGUACAUUUUUUUUAAUCCUUACUCUGGGAGGAGCUGCUGUCCAAAACAGUUUUGUAAAUGUAAUGUAUUGGUAUCCAUACAUUAUACAUGCAUUCCAGAGGCUGAGAUGUUUACUGUACAUUUUGUUGUCAUUCUAAAGAAUCUACCUUGUUUUAAAGAGAGAGAGAGACAGAGAGAAAGAGAGAGAGAAACAGAUUUCAUCCUUAGGACCUGAUUCACUGAAAUUUCUCUGUCACUUUAUCCUCUUCUUGAUUGUUUUGAAUUAAUUUUGUCAUGCACAUGAAAUCAUUUUUAUAAUUCAAAAAUUAAAUUACUUUGUAAUUUUUGCUUUCUAGCACCUUAUGUACUAUGCUUCUUUUUAAAGGGAAUAAUUAAGUCAGGUCACUCUUUACCCAAACAUUUGAAGCUAAAUAAAAUCCCACUGUGAUCUAUUGGUUUUUAUAAUGGAACUCAACCACUUUUUUUUUUUUUUUAAGCUUGCCAAUCAUUAAAAGCUGUUACAGAUUGAAAUUACAGAGACAAAAGGGUCUUAACUCGAAUUUUUCCAGGUAACAAAACUUUCCUUUAAAAAGCACGAGUAUAUGCUUUCCCCCCUUUUUUUCUGUAAAUACCAAGAAAACUGGAAUUUAAAGUUGGGACUGCCAAAUAAUUCUGUACUUGAAAGGACUUGGAUUUUUUUUUUUCCUUUUUGCUCCAAAUGUCCAUUUUCAGUAGUUCCAUUUCUAUAGAUUUUUCCAAUCAAAUGUAGCAUACAAUCCAACUGAAGGCCCAGAAUUUAUCAUUUGUCACUGGAGUUUUUGACUCUUGUCUAUUUCUUCCUCCCCCAUUUCUAACUAGCCCCUUUUUCCAGUAAGCAUGUAGUCAAAGCUUUGCCUUCUAAAAGCCAUUUACCCCACAUUUUAGCUGGGGAAACAUACUAUGCACUGCUUACUUUCUAAAGGAAACUUCAAAGGAAAUCAUGGAAUGCACUAAGUUUGUGAAUCAGGACCCUAUAUAUUAAAUUGUAAAUAAUUAAAAUUUAAGAUAAUUGUUAGUUGUCACUAGUUUGUUGUGGGGAUUUUUAAAAAAAUAUAGUUACAUUCAUAAUUGCUUCUAAAAAUACAAUGUAUUGUAGAUUAUGCAAAUCUUAAUACAAAUAUAUUUAAGUCGUAAUGCUAAUUUUAAAAGAAAUUACAGUGAAGCUGCUCCUGGUAAAGCUGUUUAUGUAUAAAUAUUUGAAUCUGUGCUCUAUCCAUAGACGUAAUGUAGAGGAUUAACACCGUUCUCAUUUUCUUUUGCAAUUGGCUUGUGCUAAUCAGGUUGUAAAUGACAGAUAAGUUUGUGGUACCAAAAAAAAUAAAAUAAUGGAAUUUGCAUAA